AUGGCGGUGCCCCCAAAGGACAUGCAUACGAUUCGGCCCCAUGUGCAAUGCUACCGAUUAAGGACUUUGCUAGAGGAGCUAACCGGAAUGCCCAUAGCUCAAUUGUGGCCCGAGGACAUCACACGAUGGUGUCGGAAGCUGUUUCCGCUAGCUACAUCUGGGUUCAAUGGAAGCUGCGGACAGUACAUACCCAAUCAUAACAGGUGGCGUCUCUGUCCGAAGAAUUCUAAGGAGCUUAGGUUUCCGUGUAACAGUUGUCCUAGGGAGGCCCGCCAUACACUCUAUAACCACCUGUUGUAUAAGUACAAUUACAAACUGCAGGCACCCAGGGCACCGCUCUUGAACUUCUACUCGCCCCGGCCUGCCGCCUACUUGGUGCUCCAUCCAGAGCAGGUCUGGCUGGUAUUUCCAAGACUUCCACGGCAAGUGCUCCACCCCAACCAAAAGAUGCCAGAAUGGGACGACCAGGAGCAGCAGGAAAGCGACUCUGAGAAGUCUUGGCCAUGGAACGAUGACAGGCAGCAGGGCCACAACAGGAAGCCACUGGACGAUAGGGAGAAAAGGGAUCACGACACUUGGCAGCAGCAACCACACUCAUCAAAGCAAUUUUGA